ACUCGUCCGAGCUCACGUACGCGUGAUCUGGCAUAGUGUGAGAAAGUGGAAUGAGGUGCACCCGGUGCACCGUCUGGCAUCUCUGGAUGGACGUGAUCAACGUGACCGCUAAAUAGCGUCUCGUUGAACGAUGACAUCCAUCGUUGACCCGUUUUGGAAAAUUCUGGAGACGUCGAGCAUAUCUGUACGCAUUUACGAACAAACUUUAAGGGACCGAACUGUCCUAUGCGCGCGAGCGCGAGCACGCGAUAAGCGCGGCCAUUUUCACGUUAUUUUUUGUACAAACGUAUAACGCCGCACCUAUUAGGCCACGUCAAAAUUAACUUUAAUCAAUUUAAACGUCGUUACGCUGUGCAACUAUUCCUUUUCGGAUGGUCAGGAUGCAGCGAAGAAAAAUGUGAAGAAUGCACUACGAUUGGCUACGUCGGUACAUCGAGGCCGUAUGACAAAGGCGAUACCACUCAGCUCGAGUACUAUUUUUAUUCCAGUUUUUAACCUCGACCGACACGCUCCCGAAAAUGUCAUUCGAAGGAAAGUACAAUGCGAAAAGUCCCGCUGUGAAAAGAUUAAUGAGAGAGGCUCAGGAGCUUUAUGAAGCAACCGAGGAAUAUUAUGCAUCACCAUUGGAAGACAAUCUGUUUGAAUGGCAUUUUACAGUACAAGGACCACCUUCCACAGAUUUUGAAGGUGGUGUUUAUCAUGGCAGAAUCUUGUUGCCACCAGAAUAUCCUAUGAAACCCCCAAAUAUUAUAUUGUUAACGCCAAAUGGUCGGUUUGAAAUCAACACAAAGAUAUGCCUCAGUAUUUCUGGACAUCAUCCUGAAACAUGGCAGCCCUCUUGGAGUAUUAGAACAGCUCUGUUGGCCUUGAUUGCUUUCAUGCCAACACCAGGAAACGGGACAAUUGGUUCUUUAGAUUAUAGUAAAGAAGAAAGGCAGAAACUAGCAAAAAAAUCAUUGAAUUGGCAGUGUGACACUUGUGGAAAGGUUGUCAACUUGUUAUCCAAAACUACAGUCAAAAAACCUAUCACGGAAGAGGAACAAACUAUGUUAAAUACGAUUGCCUUAAAGAAAUCAUAUUUUCAGGCCGACGAUUCACCGACAUCCGAGACAUUUCUCAUGGAUAACGAAGACGGUAUUUCAGUCGAUGAAUUGAGGCGACGUAUGACCAUUGACACAACUUGUACCGAGAAUCAAGAUCGGCAACAAUCAGACAUAAUACUAAACCAACAAAUAGAGACAAUGUCAUUUUCUAACGAUUUAUUCUGGAACAUUCUUAUUGCUUCCUUGGUGUCAGCGAUAAUUCUACUUGUUUUGAGACGACUGUUUCUUGUUUAAAUUAAUCUAAAUGUAACACAUUUUACGGAUAGCUUUUUUAAACAUAGAGAAAAACAACAGAUUUAUACACGCUAACAAUAAUCUGAUUUCCAUAAAAACACAAUAUAUGGCAGAGAUAUGACUGCACUGAUAUAUCCACUUUAGUACAUAUCUACCUUGAUCCUACAGAGGAUAUUCAUUUUACUGUAAAAAUUGUUUUUGUUACUUGGAAACAAUGUAAAUUCAAAAUCUUAAUUCCAUUGUUAUUAUUUUUCAUCGGCUGUAUUCACUAGUCUUUGAGAUUUUUUUUUAUAUAUAUAUAUAUAUAUAUAUAUAUAUAUUAUACAUAUACUCACACUGUUAAUCUUUAGUAUUAUAA